GUGUGCACGCCGAAUUGAAUUAGGUUUUCUCGAAGAAACAGAAACCAUAUGCCUAAUAUUGAGAAGAGUGAAACGCUAUGAUGAUCUUCCAGAACAGCUGAUCAGGGAAAUCUUGCUGAGGCUUCCGACAAGGACGCUUGUUUCCUUAAGGAGCGUCUGCACUUCAUGGAGAAACCUAAUCUCCGCCCCCGACUUCACCUGCAACCACCUUCGCCGUUCAUACUUACGCGAUCCAAGUUUGACUCCGCCACAAAUUGCUUAUCACCGUAGCUUCCCAUCCGUCGGUAUCAGAGUUCUCUCCGUACAGUCAAUGAUGGAGAAUCCCUGUACCGGAUUCACAUUCAAAUCGCCGGAAAUCAGCGGUAUAGCCCACUUUUGUGGCUUUGGUUACGAUCAUCUCAGUGACACCUACAAAGUUUAUGGAAUUUUUAAGAAGGAAGGGCCAUCUGGUAUGGAGUCUAGUACCAGAAUUUAUACAUUUGGGCCAACUUCGUCAUGGAGAAGAAUUGAUGAUAUCCCAUUAUUCCUAUUUCGUGUCAUAACUGACAUGCCUUCUGCUUUUGAUAAUACUACCGGGGUUUUCUUUAGUAGUAAGAAAGCAUGCACUAUUAAUUGGAGUAUUAAACAUGUGGUUCUUUAUUUUGAUUUGGGUAAAGAGAGUUAUGGUCGUUUUCCCCUGCCUGUUAGGGAGUCAGGUUACUGCACCCACUUAUGUGUCUUGAGAGACUGCCUUUCUGUUUGUUAUGAGGAUGCGAGAACACGACGUUGGAUUAUGUGGCAGAUGAAGGAAUACGGAGAUCCUCAAUCUUGGACUACAUUGGCAAUGAUUCCCUUCCACCCGCAACUCCCUUUGAUGGGACAUCCUUUACGACCUCUCUACAUCUCGCAAAGUGAUGUACUUUUGGCCCUUUCUUCAAAUUUCCAAAUGGUUUUAUAUAACUUAAAUGAUGGCAGCUUUGAUUUUCCUGUGAUUGACAGCCCCAGUGAUAACCAUCAUUCUUUGUUUGUUUUCCCCACAUGGUCUUCAAAGCAAUUCAUCCCAAGUGCUGCUGCGCUUCAUGAAACCCAAACCCAAGCCUAUUAUCUCUUAAAGCCUGUGUGCACCUUCUCUUGGUUGCUACUUGCUAUCAUGAGAAGACUCUCCCUUUUGUUAGCUUCGUUGUGCGUUCUAUACCACGUAGCAUUCUCUUUUAACGACGGACAAGUGGCAAAUGGAAAUUUCGAGCAAGGUCCGAAAGCAUCGGACAUGAAAGGCACGGUGGUGACGAAGCGCGACGCCAUACCGGAGUGGGAGAUCUCCGGCUUAGUUGAGUACAUAAAAGCAGGUCAAAAACAAGGUGACAUGUUGCUAGUAGUGCCAGAGGGUGCACAUGCAGUGAGGCUUGGCAAUGGUGCUUCAAUUAAACAGAGAAUCAUGGUCAUAAAAGGAAAUUACUAUUCCAUAACGUUUGUGGUGGCUCGCACGUGUGCACAAAAUGAGAGACUCAAUGUUUCUGUGGCACCAGAUUGGGUUGUGUUACCUAUGCAAACGUUGUAUAGUAGUGACGGUUGGGAUGCUUAUGCUUGGUCUUUUCAAGCAGAUUACUCUCUUGCUGAGUUGGUUAUUCAUAAUCCAAGAUCAAAGGAAGAGGAUCAAGCUUGUGGACCACUCAUUGAUUCCGUUGCUAUCAAAGCUCUCUACCCUCCUAGACCAACUAAAAUUAACAUAUUAAAGAACGGUGGAUUUGAAGAAGGACCAUACAUAUUCCCAAACACAUCAUGGGGUGUGCUAAUUCCACCAAACAUUGUAGACCUAAGUGACCACUCUCCCAUACCAGCAUGGAUUGUAGAGUCCUUAAAAGCAGUGAAGUAUAUAGAUUCUCAACACUUCUCUGUCCCACAAGGAAACAGAGCAGUGGAGCUUGUAGCUGGAAAAGAAAGUGCCAUUGCACAAGUUGUAAGAACAGUUGUUGGCAGAACCUAUCUCCUUACUUUUGAUGUUGGAGAUGCUGGUGAUUCAUGUGAAGGCCCAAUGGUUGUUGAAGUCUAUGCAGCAAAAGAGAACACAAGAGUGUCUUAUGAAUCAAAGGGUAAAGGUGGCUUCAAACUUGGGUUUCUCAAGUUUAAGGCUAUUAGCACAAGAACUAGAAUUGUGUUCCUCAGCUCCUUCUAUACCAUGAAGAGUGAUUCAUCUUUAUGUGGCCCGGUUAUUGAUGAUGUCAGGUUGAUUAGCGUUCAUAACUCUUAAAUCCUAAAUUUGAAUAUAUAAUUUAUCAUUUUCAAGUAAAAGAAAGUUUAUUUAAGUGUGUGAUUUUUAGUUUUAAAAUGCAGAGAUAAAUA